AUGGAGGUUCUCUCCCCGCAAAACCAGUCUAUAGAUGGUGAGUAGUCUACGUUUCUUCUGGUGUAAUUUUUUCAGCCAUCAGUAAUUUGUCUGGUGGAAAGCGGACGGCGAACACAAGCCUUUCAGCUGGGCAUAUGUCUCCCUGCUUGUGAGACGUCGUUAACUUUGGACGCACGAUAUUUAACUGUUUUUAUUUUGCACGAUCUUUACUGCUUACUUGAACGUCAUAUUUUUAGUUUGUUACUUCAGAUGUUUUAUUUCAUAUUGGUUUCGAGAUUCGCCACAAAACUAGCACGGUGCUUAACUAUGAACACCAUCGGUUCCAAAGCUGGAGCGAGAUGCGGUUUCUUGGCCGUCAAUUAUUCAUUCUAAAUUUCACGAAUCUGUUUAGGGUUCAUUAGUUAUCCAAAUGCUGUCUAAGAGGCCAUUCGUUGACUUUUUCUAUUUUUUAAAUGGAGUAAAGAUUUCAUUUUUGUGGAGUGUCAAGUUUAAUCGAAAAGUAAGCCAUCGUCGUGUAACGAGCGAGUUUUAACUACGUGGAAUGCUUGUGUCAGACCUAUUUUCCGCUGCUCGUCAGAAUUCAUCUACAUAUGAUAAUCUUAUAACGCGAAAGCGGAUAAUAAUUUGUGGUAGGAGGGGCUGAUAAACAAAGCGAUCGUUAAAAACCGUAAAAUCCUGGCAAUAUUUUAAGCUGAGCUGUGAUUCCUGUGAUGUGCUCAAGAAAGCGAAAAAUUAUUCUGUGUGACACAAAUUUCAUUUUGCGCGUCAUUGCUAUUUGUUUUCUCUAGUUAUCAAUCGUGGAGGAGACGGGAGAAGGUUUAAGUAAUAGGCCGUUGAAAAAAUAUAUUUUAUCUGUUUUCCAAACUUUGUGGUUGUUUUCUUCUCCAAAGAGGUUUUUCUUUAGUUGCAAAUGCGUGAUGAUUGAUGGUAAUUAACAAUUCGUGGUCCAAAGGGUCUCAACCUUUACCUAGCGUCGCUACGGGGUAUUCCAUAGCACGAGUUGGCAACGGUUUCGAAUGCUCUCGGUCUAUUUGUUCAGUUUUCAAGGUUAUUUGUAAACGAUCAUCUACUGUCUGGCAUCAAGUGAGAACUAUUUUGUCGUGUUAGCUCAACUCUUAUGGGACGACAGGAAACAUUUACCUCCCCGGAGGGUCACCAUAUCGCUUAUUACCUUCGAGAAAUGCGUUCGGUUUGUUUCGUCUCACACUACAUAAAGUGGUCGUAAAUUAUGCAAAGCCUAGCUUUUGUCUCGCUAAAUUGUUUACUUGACUAUCACUGCACAAAGACCAAACUUGACGCCUAAUGUUGAAUAACAAACCCAAAUAAAUCACAAUCUCGCCACAACUCACUCGAAAUGUCGAUAUCAAUUCAGAUAGUGCUUUCAAAUUCGAUCAGACUGUAAUUUAAGGGUUUGUUUCGAAAUAUUUCAACUCGUUAUCAAAAUUAUUUUUGUCGCAAUUUGCUGAUACAUUAGAUUUCCCAUGAACCACAGGAUAAGAAAUCCACCUGUUACCACAGGAGAAAUGAACUUGUUAUCUUUAGAUUCAUUACUGGCAACUCUUAAAAUCAUGCUGCUGUGUGAGAUUGGAAUUCAUGUCGUGGCUUAAUUGCCAACCUGACCUAAACAGGUAGAAUAUUUCGUAAAUAACUUAAUCUUAUUUGAUGGCCUUUGUGUGUUUAGUUUUUUUCUUAAUUUUUUCUCAAUGUGUGUCAAGAAAUACUUGCAUAUUAAUACAGAGGAGUAAUUUUCAAACACAAUUUAUUUUGUAACAGAAUGGAUAUUGUUAUUUAGUUUCAUGUUACUUGUUAUGCUGAAUAGAAACACAAAUUCGGUUGUGAGAUAUCAGCAAAGCCAUAUCUAGAAAAAUUAACUGUGUGGUUGUGGCAAAGUUUAUUGUUUGUCCUGCGAGGAAAACAUUGAUCUUGCUGACAGCACAAUUACCUGCCAUCUUAUAAAGAAAAUGUGAAAAGUGAUAGUUCUCUACACCAAGAGUUUUAUAACAAUGGCUUUAUAUCAGGAAUGAAAACAAUGCUGUGCAUAAAUAUAUAUUUGUUAAAAAAUUGUUUUUUAUGCCUCUUGAGGCAUGUUACUAGAAUUUAUGCAUUGUUCUGAACAAUUAGAUUAGGUUGAGCAUGGUCAUUCAUGGGAUUGGUUACCAGGAAGUUACCUAAACCUUGUCUUUCUCAAGUUCUCAACUCAUUAUUAAUAUAAUUUAGGUAAAAAUUAGUUUAUUCACAUAAAUUUAUCUUGAAAAAACUGGUUACAGAGGUUAAAGCAAGCAGUAUGUUUUCUGUGGUUUCCUCUGACAGCUGUACUGUUAAUCUAUAUUUGUCUGCUUUCCAGAACUCUUUGUGGUAGUCUACAAAUCUUCUAAACAUUUUCCAGAAAAUUUCUAUUUUCAUUACUGCAUGGUGCACAGUCUUCCCAAUCCCUGUGGUCAGUGGCCUCUUUGUUUUUGCUAAUAAAUGUGUAAUCCUCAAUUUUAUUUUAAGAUUAUUCCUCCUUGGAUGAGUCUUGGGAUUCCCGUCUGCCAACUCCUCUUGCAUUAGACUUUUCUUCACUGAGGGAGGAAGAAGAUUCCAUCCCAAACACACAAAGGGGCCUGUCAGAUGUGGAAGGACAAGACUUAUAUGUUGAUAGUCUUGGUUAUGAAGGUUUGUGGUCAGAGAAAGAUGUUUUUUUUUCAAAAUAAUAUAAAAAUGGUGGUCCUUCCUGUCUGUAUGUACAUGUGAGGUCUCAUAAGUCUUGUAAGCAUAGAUAUAUUUUAUAACUCCCCAAAAUGUUAAUAUUGUACAAAGACGGAUAUUGUUGUAUAAUAACUGAAAAGUCAAAGUAAAAAUUGAGAGAGAUGUGAGUGUAAGGCCAAUCAUUAAUGAUUUCUGUAAAUAUACACUGUAAGUUGCUUAUUUUAGGCAUCAUGAUCUGGAUGUGAUGUUGAUGUGUAAAGAGAAACAACCAAAAGUACAAUAUUGUGCAAAAGUAUGUGUAACAAGUGAAAUGCACAAAUUUGAUUUUUUGUUGUCUGGAAUUUUAGAAGAAAUUUUGCCCAAAAAGCUGUGAAAUCAACAUGUAAACAUGUAAAGCAAUGUGUUCACUCAAAGGAAACACUUUCAAAGCCUUUAGCUGAAAGACUUUUCACUAUGUUGCUUUUUCAAAUUCACAUAGUUCACCUCAGUCAUAGUGAUACACCAUAAUGAAUCUAUCACAUUGCAAUCAGGUACAAUUAUUUUUACCAUGAUGACUUGUCUUCUUAUUUGAUAGUACAAGGAACAGUGCAGAGACAAGGUUAAUUGUCAGAAAAAUUGACAUGCUUCUGCCUAAACUUGUGUGGAAAUUAGCACUUAAAAACACACAUCAGCCAAAACAAUGGAGUUCUACAAAAAUUUGGCUGUGAACUAAGGUUCAUUAUAUUUCAUUGAAAUUCCCAAAUUUGUAACCUUUUCCAGAUUUGGCUUUCACUACUUUUGCAAAUUAUUGUACAAUGAUGAAAUCCAUUUAAAGCAGUUUAUUAGAAUGAACAAAGUGAUCAACUCAGCUAGACCUCUCAAACAGUUUUUCAAGUUUUUAACAUCAUACAUCUUAAAUAUAUGCUUAAAAUACUGGUUGGCCAUUUAUAGAUUUUUCAGCCUCACCGUCUGGUUUGAAUGGGUAUAUGGCAAUUAAUGGUACUAGAGAAAAUGAUACUGAUUACCUUCGGAUGGCAAAGAAAGGUGGUGGACAUGCAGGUUUGUGUUUAAUUUUUUUAAAAUAAAAUGUCAGUCCAUGCAGUUGUUUACCAUGAAGGAGAUGACCAUGAACUACAGAAACCAACAUAAACCGGCUACUUGUAACUUUCUCCCUUCAUGUUAUAAAUUUGACAGAGCUACUUUACAAAGACUACAUGAACUUUGUAAAACAUUUCAAAAUAAACCAGCAGGGUCAUUUUGGGAAGUUUUAUUCCUCAAUUUAAGAGUGCUGAGAGUAGAAAGUAUGUUUUUGAGAGAGUUAAGUUAGGGUACAAUGUAAGACUUUGUUAUGGAACAUGCUUCAAGAAAUUGAUUAAAACUGCCCCAACUUCAAAGUGCAUGACUUCAAGACAAGCAAAAUUUAGAGUCUAAAACACUUUAUGUGAUAAGCUGAAUUAUACAUUUUGAUUGGUUCUUACAGAUGCAUAGAAGAUUUCACUACCAACACCAUUUUUUUUCCAUAUAAAACAAGUCAAUUCCAUUUUGCUGUGGGCGUAUACAAUAACAGAUCACAGAAGAGUGUAUUGGGUGUGCCUCAUGGGACACUUUUUUGUUGUGGGCCUCACUGAAGAUUCUUUUAGGCAAUGAGCUCCCACCAAAAAUAGUUUUGAUGAAAUAAGUAAUGUUACUCACAUUUUUUUCGUUAUCACUAUUAUUAAAUUGGUUUGCUCCAGCUGUAGCCUUUGUUAUCUAAAUUCAUUUAGGGUUUGAAUUUCCAAUGAUGUAAAAUUAUAGUAAUUCUCAGCCAAUUACAUUUGCCACAUGAGGUUAUUGAGUUAGGUUUUUUUGUUUUUUUUUUUUUAGAGUUUGGUUAUGAAACAGUGGCCAAAGCAUACUUGGGCUCUGGUGGUCAUAUAAGUCAGAGUUAUUGUCCCAAACUGGAGUUUUCAGUUUAAGACCAGGGUUUGUGACAAUUUAAAACCUGAGCGAUAGUAAACCAACAAAUAAUUUUCAUUCUACAGAUCUGUUAAAAGUAGAACCCCACACACCCACUCCUGAACCAGUCAGAUAUGACAAGAAGGAUGGACAGUGGUACACCCAUGAUGGAGUGGAUGUCAAGGACACUCAACAAAAGAAAGGUGAGAGUUCUUUGACAUUACAUCUUAUCACAACUUGUAUUAUUAAUAUCAUAAUGUGGGGUGGGGGGUGGAAUCAUAAAAAUUUCACAGUCGUAAAAUUUUAUUGUUCACUUUCUAAUACCUUCUCUUAGAAAUGAUUACAUUGUCCAGGGAUCAACUAUCUUCAUCUGCUAAAAGCUCAGUAGACAUAGAGACGGAUACAGAAUAUCUUCAACUUGCAAAGAAAGGUGGAGGGCGUAAAGGUAACCCUUAGAAGAUCUUAACACAAGUAACAAUGUUGAUGAAGUUUGGGGUUUGAUCAGGAAUUCUCAAAGUAAUCUUUUGUUUUUAAUUGAUUAACUUGUUGAAUAAUUUUCUAGUACUGCUAGUGUCAUUAUGUCCAUGCGGUGUAGUCUUCAAAAUCACAAAAAAUCAUGUAACUUUGCCCUAAAAUGAAAACUCAAUGAUGGAGUUUUCAUUUUGGGGCAAAGUUACAUGAAGACUUGCUAGGCGUUGGCAAGCUUCAAAGAAAUUGAGGUAUAAUUACAUGAUUUGUUUCUGCCAAAUGUAUCAAUAUUCCUUGGAAUCCUAGUUGUGUUAGUCAUUUUUCAUAGUCAGCUCUUUGGUGCUACAUAUAAACACAUUCUCCUGUAAGUACUAAUAAACAUUUUUGUAAAACUACUUCAGCAUCCAUGCUUAUUAGUUGUUUGUAGUUUUGACUGUUCCUCUUAAAUAUUAGAUUUAUUAACAGUAGUUCCCCACACACCCACUCCUGAACCAGUCAAAUACACCAAGAAGGAUGGACAGUGGUACACACAGGAUGGAGUGGAUGUGAAAGAGACCCAACAGAGGAAAGGUGCAGUAUAAUUUGUAAAUUUUGUCACAAAUUGUAUUUCCCCUCAUGAAUUGAAGCUGGUCAGCCUUAUGCAUAUUAUUAGUUGAUUGUAAAAGAACUGCAAUUACCCAUGGCCUUCAUGAUGACUGCGACUAUUGAAAUAAACCAGUUGAUGACAAACCAAUGAUAUGGGUUAUUUCUUUCUAUACAUCACUGGAGCAUUGUCAUUACCAUUGUAACUUGAUGAGGCGACUAUUUAAAAGGGAAAUUUUUUAAUUCUGUCAAUCUAUGUACUGGAUUUUGCAUCUUACCCUGGAGAAAUGUGUUAACCACCCUUUGACAAAGAUCUGUAAGAUUUUAUUAUACCUUUAAUAAGAUCAUAUAUAGUUGUGUUGUACAUCCCCCCCUCCCCCAAAUUUGUAGGUUUACAUGAAUCUGUUUGAGUAUUGUAAAUUAUCCUCUUGAUGAUAUAUAGGAAUGGACUGUUAUAAGACUCGUGUAUGAUUUAGAAUUCUUGGAAGUGUUUGGUAGCUCUUUGAUUGUACUCUAGCAAACAAAAUUUGCAAACUUGCUAAUUUGAUAAUUGUGGUGGUUUCUUUUCCAUAACAGACUUGUCUUUGGCCUUGAAUGGUUUACUCCAUAAUGGUGAUGAUGCACAACUAGCUGCUGGAGGAAAGCACACAGAUUAUCUUGACCUGGCCAAGAAAGGUGGAGGACAUAAAGGUACCUAGCUGAUGACACAUAUUGGAACAUUUAUUUCUGAUCACUUAUUUGUAUUUUUGCAUUCUGCUUACAUGUAAAUCCAAGCUUAUCUUUGACAUUGUGUGUAACUGAGCAUAAAUCUUUUUGUUAUUUAAUAGUAUCUACUGCCCAGUCUUGUGUAUAGAUUUUUUUCACUUUUGCUGAGUUGAACAUUAAAGGGUUUGUAGGAACACAUCAAGGGCUCUUGAGAUUUGUCACUUUUAGCAUCUUAAAUAGCGUUUGACAAGACUUUUAGGGUUUACCUUUAGGGUCUUAGUAGGGUCUACCAUGUAGUUGACCAUAUUGCCUCCUUGAUAUUUGCUAUAUCAUUUCUCAGGAGACCUGUAUAAUGCUCAUGGACAAAUUGCAAAACACACCUGGACAAAUUGCAACUGUGAGCAGCUUGUACCAUGGAAGGGUGUAAAGUAGAAAAUACAGGCAGCGCAUGUACUUUUAGUUGGCCCUCCUUAGAAAAUUACAGGAAAUAUCACACUUGCCUACAAGUGUUUAAAUGCCUGCACAGUCUCAUGCCUGCCUAUCUUUUGUAUGGAUUUAGUUUUUCUAGCCAAUAUCUUGCCUACAAUACCUGAUAUAGAGAUCUUUUGUGAUUGCCUUUGGCCAAAACAUCCAAAUAUUAAGGUUCUUUUUGCUACAAAGGGGCAAAGGUGUGGAUUACUCUAACUAGUAAACUGCAAAACGUAACUUCACUGCCUAAUUUUCAAAAGAUUUCUCAAACUUCAUUUAUGUAAUUGGUGUAAUGUACUUUGUAAUGUAGCAUAUAUAUUGUAUAUCCUAUGUGUCAAUUGUAAUUUGUGUUGUAGGCUUCUUUUGUAUUUUGUAUUUCUAGAUACAUCUUGUUUUACUCAAUAUGUCCUAAGCAGGCCCCCAUUCAAACCUGCUUGAAGCUGAACUGGGCCAGCCUGCAUUAAUAUAAUUGCUAAUAAAUGAAUAAACAAAUAAACGUUGGAUGUAUAUUGAAGGGUUGGACUAGGUACAGAUGUAACCCCAUGUACUGAAUACAACAAAAUUAAGGGAAAUUCACAUUUAUUAAAUAAGUUACAUGUAAUUCAUAUGCAAAUAUAUUGGAACUUGUUGUAUGGCACAGUGAACAUUUGUUGACCACAGUAGUUCAAUGGUUUAAAGACUUAUGACUUAUGCUUGUUUAUAUAAUUGUCAUGUUGUCUGCAGAUUUAUUGAGCAUUCAAGCUCAUACUCCUUCACCUGAACCAAGACAGUAUGAAAAAAAACAAUGGGACUGGUACAAUCAAGAUGACAUGGUAAUCAGAGAUGGACCACAAGGUAAAGUAUGAUUCAGAUUCCAUAAAGAGAGUAGAUACAGUAUGCUUCUUACUCAAAGAAUUUUAUGUAUACCACACAGGAUACUUUUAUCCCCCUAAAAAACUUGUCAAGUGCAUCUACAUGUACAUGUUAGGAACAACUCUUGUUUAGGUUUAAUCUUUGAAAUAUUUAGAGCUCUUGUUUACUCUAUAAAUUGUAUCAGUGCUCAUAAUAAUCCUCUUAUAAAUCAUUGACUUAAUUGUGUAAAAGUAAGAACGGUGGAAUGCAUGUAGAAGAAUUCUGUUUGCUAUUUUUCAUGUCUGUGUCAUGUUCCGCUUGUUAUCCUUAAGCUUGUUUGAAAUACAUGAACAAAAAAUGUCAAGGGUGGGAUUUUCAGUUGAAAUACAUGAUCAAAAAGCAUCAAGGAAUAAUACAGAAAGUACUUUUAAGUGACAUUGUAAACCCAGCUUUUGCUGCUUUUGUGCAAUAUUAUGAGUGGACUUUUCAGUUGAAAUACAUGAACAAAAAGUGUCAAGGAAUAGUACAGAAAGUACUUUUAAGUAACAUUGUAGACCCAGCUUUUGCUGCUUUUGUGAAAUAUUAUGAUGAGAGAUUUUCAGUUUAGUGAGUUGAAAAAUCUGGUCAGAAGUUAGAUUGCUUUCUAGUUUCAAACAGUUAUAAACAUAGCCAUUCUGUUAUGUACAUUUCAGUCAGGGUACAUAGCUUAACAUGGUUUCUUCUUUCAUCAGACUCUGGAUCUGGUCAGAAUCGUCGUCGAACAUUUAGCGAUUCUGCAAGUGAGUGUAAAGCUGAGACAGAAUACCUGCAGACUGCAAGGAAAGGGGGAGGGCAUAAAGGUGAGGUUGACAGGGUUUUCACUGAUAUACACAAGAUUGCAAUAAUUUAAAAUGUGGUAUAGCAGCAACAGGAGAGUGUGGCUGAAAAAUUUCCAUUCAUGCCAGUAUUCCUCUGAACCUCAUGUGCCCAUUUCCCUUUAGUAGAAACAGUUUGGUUUUUUCGGUAUGUAGGUAGAUUUUCCCACAGAGCACAGUUUAAUUACCCAGGGAUACUUAUUGGCACUUGUCAAAAAAACUUCCAAAAAUGACCAAUGAUAUUUCCCAAACUUGUUUCCUUGUUCUGGUGUACAUUACAACAUCAUUACUAAAGAAUUCAUCCCCUACAAAAGGAAACAGAUGACAGACUUUGCAAUAAAUUACUUUUAUUUUUUAAUUGAUGAGUGUUGAAAUAUUCCAAAGUACAUGUAGGUACCCAUGUCAACACAUUCAAAUUGAAAUUUAAGGGUUUCCAGUUCACACUACAGUAAUUAUUGCUUGUAAGGACCAUGUUACUAACUUGGGGAUUUGGGCAUUAUUUGUAUUUAGUUGACUGUUAUAAGGAAGGCAAAGAGUUAAUUUUCUGAUCAAACAUGCAUCCCUCAGCUUGAUACAUUGACAUUCAUGAGAUGUCAUAUGCUUACUAAUUUUCCAUUCCUUAUUUUUAGUAUUAAGUGCUUCUCAUUACUCCAGCUUAUCUUUGAUUAUAGGGUUUGUAUAGAAAUUGUUGAGAGAGUAACUUCUGCAGCAAACAGAAUAUGAAAUUAUUUUUGUAAGAAAUGAAGGAAACAUUAUUUUGGAACAUUGUCAGGUUUUGACCCACUCAAUGAUAACUAAGAGGAGAAAAGGAGAUAUUUGAAUGAGUUUUUUUGCUAAAGUUGGCAAAGAUAGCGUCUGAUUUGAGGCAUUAGGUUCUUGAGGAGCCUCUUUAGCACCUUUAGGUGUAAUCAGUGGAUCUAUUAUAAAUGUAAGAGGUAUUCAUUUUUAAUUAUUUAUUUCAUUAUUUUUUUAUUAUUUCCUGCCUUAGAUCUGUUGUCAAUGGAACCUCACCUAACCUCCCCUGAACGGGUCAAUUAUGAAAAGACAGAUGGACAGUGGUACACUCAUGAUGGUGUGGAUAUUAAAGAAACACAAGGGAGGAAAGGUAGAACUGAAAACAAUCACAGCUUCACUUAAAAGCUGUUGCCUUGUCAGUCUCCAUGAAACAUACUUUAAUGCACUGAAGCUUCAUUUAUGGGUCUGCUUUUAUGAAUUUACUCACAUUGUAUAAAUAGCGAUUAAAACUGACCAACGGAUUAAGUUGUUAUGAAUAAUAAGUAGCAUAAGUAUGUUAAAGGUACACCAGUAGACUCACUGUCUUACCUAGGAAAGUUAUGUUUCAAAACUUGUUCAUUAUGCCACCUUGUUCUUUGGUCUAUCAUGGGCACACAGCUGUAUAUUUGUGACUGCAUCAUUGUGUCCUUUAGUGUGUUGAUUACUUAAUAAUGUUUGUAUCAUUAAGUGCAAACUCAACUACAGUUCUGAAAGUUUGAAAGUAUUGGAGUUGCCUUACCAGGAAGUAUAUAUAUUCAAUCAAAUGUUACAUACUCUCUCACGUUUUCAUAUCUUUAAAACACAGACAGGCGCAUUCAUUAAAAUAAAUGUAAAUGAUGUAAAGGAAGGGUUCUGAGUUUUCAUGGCUUUUUUUCUCAAGGACUGGAUGAAGUUAUUGUACCAGUUUGGGCUAGAUACUCUGAUGAACAGUUCCUAUGCCUCAAUAUCUGUUAAUUUUUAUUCCUGUUUACUCUUUUUAGAAAUGGUUACCCUGCCUAAGAACCCAUGUCCAUCAAGUACAGCAAGUUCAAUAGAUAUAGAGAUAGAUACAGAUUACCUGAAGACUGCUAAGAAAGGUGGAGGGCAUAAAGGUCAGUCUUAAAUGUAAACAUAGCAUGGCUGGAAUUAUGAUGCAUACAUCUGGAUCAGCAUUAUAUUUUAACUCUGGGUUAGGGUUUUUGAUAAAAAAAGAAGAAGUGUGAUGGGUUUGAAGAAUAAUUUUUCAUAUCAAAGAUUGGUUGUUUAUCGUACUUGUAAUGGUGAAUGCCACAAGUUGAAGUUCUUGCUUCAUGGAUCUUCUAUACUUUUAACCAGUGUACUUCAAACUUCCCGUGUACUUCAUAUCUUGAUGAACACACGCAUGAUGUAUGAACCAAUUGUUAAUUGGUUGAGGUGUUGUGUAGCUAAUAGCAGUGAACCAUCUUGAUACAAAGUUAGCAACACAUGAACAAUGGACUCCAUUGUUCGGCAAAACCAGCAUUAUUGCACAUAGAACAUUCUGAUCAGAAAUGAUUUGUGAUAGUUAAAUGUACCUUAUAUUGUGGAAAAACAAUCAGAUUCUAAUCCAUUAUAAAACUUUGUUGAUUUUACUUUUAAAAUGUAAUUUUCUUUAGUUACUAAUGGCUACACAGGGAAUAACCUUUUCUUUGAGAACCAUAAUAUUUGGUUUUAGGAUAUUAUGGCAACAAUAAAUAAGGUUCACCAAUAGUAUAUUUCUAUAGUUUAAGGAAAAAUAAUUUUAUCUGGUAAAUUUGCCAACAGACUUGUUGACAGUAGAACCUCACAAACCCACUCCUGAACCAGUCAGUUAUGACAAGACAGACGGACAGUGGUACACUCACAAUGGAGUGGAUGUGAAAGAGACUCAACAGAGGAGAGGUAAUUCUUGUUGAAUGUGAGGAUUAUAAGUUUUGUUCACUGAUUGGGGAUAGGUACAUGUAAAUGGAUUUGAUAAACAAUUUGAGAAAGAAAUGGAUAUACAUAUUUUAUAGUAUACACCUUAUUGUAUAUAUUCACUUGACUGUAUAUAUUCAUGUUAUCUUGAAUUGGUAUAUUUCAGACUUGUCAUCUAGUCUUAAUAACAGUCAAGACUGUGAUGUCCUAGCUGCUGGUGAAAACUGUGGAGAAUACUUACAACUUGCCAAGAAAGGAGGAGGACAUAAAGGUAAACACUAGUCAGCAGUUGAUGGUGUCAAUGUCUGUAAUGUUAUUUGGAGAUUUGUAGCAUCAUCCUGUCACAAUACAAUGGACACUGCUCACAAAGGCAGAUUCCUCCUGAGUAAUGUCAGGCCAAAGUGUAAAAAAUUGUGUGCAAUAAAGGUUUGAUUCAGCAGCAGACCUGGUAGUGAAGUGUGCAUUUGCCAAUUUUUUUUUCAAAGAUUGGAAUGAUGUGAACUUCAAUUACACCAAUUUUUUUAAAAAGUUUCCAGUUUUGGAUCGUUUUAGUUCUUGUCUAUGGUUUUUGUAAGUGUUUGAUUAAAUAAUUAUGUUUAGGAUGUUUUUAAAUUAAUUCACAAACAUGCUAUGUUAAACAGAGCAUUUUUUCAUGUAAAACAAGUAAAAACUUUUAAUUCAGAUUCUUCGUAUUUUGAUGCAUUGCAAAUGGGAAAAUAAAAACAGCAGAGCACUGCUUUUAACAUAACCAACCUUAGCUAUAUGUUCUUUGUCUUCAAAAGGGAAGGGAGGUUUCUACCAAAGGUGUUUUCUCUAAAAAUAAGUUGCAUUGCAUCACAAAGUGAAGUGCAUGUAGUUGUUUAUAAAGAGAAUUUUUGGUGAUAUCUCAUAAAAUAAUUUUCUAUCCAGUCAAAAAUGGAAAAUGGUACUGUUCAUGAUAAACAUAACAAUAACAAUAAGAUUAUAUGUAUACAUCCAUUUGGUUAAGAUUUUACAGUCUAUGAAUGAGACGAUAUACUAAAAUGUUGAUUUCUUCCUUUUUAUGUUUCAGAUUUGUUGACAAUUGAUCCUCAUACACCAACACCUGAACCUGCCAGUUAUGAAAAAACAGAUGGACAGUGGUACAGUCACGAUGGAGUUGAUGUGAAAGAUACACAGCAGAGAAAAGGUAUGUUGGAUCCUGAAAUAAUGUAAGCUCCCAAAUGUCUACUGACUACUUCAAGGUGGUUUUUGUUGCAAACUAAAAAAAAUCAUGCCAAACUUGAGAAUUGCACAAUUAGAAAGGUUUGUCCUUUUUGUGCUAAUUGGUGCCCCCUGUACUUCAGAGUGCCUUAGAAUAACUCUCGAGGACGAGCCUGAUGGCCUUCACCCACCUCCUUUUCACACCAGAGACCAGCUACCAAUUUUGCUAAUUUGUUAUGGUAAUCACAGAGUAAAUCUUCCUCAACUCUCUCUUUCCUUUAGAAAUGAUAACAGUUUGUAGCAGUCCUCGUCCAGUAAACUUGGAAAGUUCAUUGGAAGUUGACUCACAAACAGAUUAUUUAAAGAUCGCAAAGAAAGGUGGAGGACAUAAAGGUACUGAUUUAAAACAAUUAUUGAUACAACUAUGAUUGCUUGUUGAAUUGUAAUGUCAUUGAAAGAAAUGCAAGAUCCUCUUUUUGUUAUAAAUUUAACCCAUUUAAGCCAGUGUGCCUUUGCAUAAAUCAUAUGAUAAAUAGCCAAAGCAAUGCACAUUAAAUGAUAUAGAUUGUCUGCUUUCAAGGAGAGACUUAAAGACAUUACGGGUAUGUGUAAAACAGUAGGAGAAACUAUUUCCAAAGAAAACAUGAUAGAUUCAUGUCAAAUGUUACAGAUAGAUUGAGACUACAGAAAGACAAUUGUUACAAUUCUCUUCCAUGUAGGCAAACCCGUGUCCAGAUUGAUUAUCAAGUAAUUUCAAGUCAAGUCAACUCAGAAGUCAUGAUGCACAUUUGUUUAAUCUACCCAAAAUUUGCUUGUUACUGAAAAACUAUGAAUUGAAAGCAAUUAAGACCUAACCUAACCCUAACCCUAAGCAAGUGACCAAUCAAGACAAAAGCUCUAUGCCAAAAAAAUCAAUAUAUUUUCUGUUGGAAGCAAAUUAUUUACAAAUUUCAAGCAUGAAGUAAGUCUAGAAUGGGAGCUCAGCUGACUCGAAAGUUGCAAAGCUUGUGCCUGCUUGACUUCAACAAGUUUAGUUCAUUUGCUGUUGGGAAUUUGUGACACUUUGCAAGAGGCAGAUUCUGCAAUGUUAGAUGAAGGGGCUUUAGUGUUGCUUCCAUGAGACAAACACCUAGCAUAAUGGGUUAAAGGUGUUUCAGGUGUCAGUUCAAUGUGGUUUUUAUGGAUGAAAAUGAUGUUUCUUUCUCCUGAUUUACAACCAUGCAGAUAGAUUUAAUCUUAACAUUUCUCUUGAGUUCUAGUUGUACUUCCUUCAUUUACAAAAGUAAGAGCAGGAAAAUGUGAAAAUCUUAACUGAAUAGGUUAUAAUGGUAGAAAUAUCAAAUUCUGAAGAGGAACACACUGAAUGUUUUGCAGAACAAACUUACCAUGGAAUUGAUAGGCUACAAGCCUUUGUAUAUAAUGUGUUGUUUUUGUCUUUGUUCCACCAGUUGUUGUGAUCCAUUGACAUAAUUGUUUGUACUGUGAUAGAUCUGCUGACAGUUGAACCUCACACACCCACACCUGAACCAGUCAGAUAUGACAAGAAGGAUGGACAGUGGUACUCACAUGAUGGAGUGGAUGUCACAGAAACACAGAAAAGAAAAGGUUACUGCAGUGAAUUACAUGUUUAUGUCUGCCACAGAGAGUAUUUUAAUUUUUCAGUCAUUUAUACUUCCCUAUCAAGUCAUAAUUUGUAGUCAUGCCAAAACAUAUUGUAAAAGUAUUCUUGUAAAUUUAAAAUUUAUUUUGAUUGUAUUACCAUCACAAAGUCAUAGAGGGUAUCACUAAUUGAGAAAUCCAGAUACAUUUGUCUAUCUAUGUGGUUGGUGUUGUGUUUGUUGAACAGAAUUAGCUGUAUCUAUUGAAGCUCAACAAGGCACUAAAACACUACUAGCAGCAGGAGGAAACAACACAGAGUACCUUGACUUGGCAAAGAAGGGAGGAGGACACAACAGUAGGCUCAUUAUUUUACUUGAUGUAUCUUUUCUGUAGUUUGCUGCCUUGUGUAUGUAUCCACAGUAUUUUAAAUUAAUAUGGCAAUGUAGAAUCAUGAAGUAAUGGCAAGGAAACCUUUAAGUUGUGAAUUAAGCCAAUUGGGCCUUUGGGCUUGAAAACACUCACUUGAAAUACAGGCUGAUUAAGUGGUAAAUGAACAAAAGAUACUGCAUGUAACAUGCUGGUAACUUGUUCUUUGUUUUUAUACCUGAAUACAACAGAUAAUUAUUUAAUGAGUGAAAGAAUAAAAAACAUUUUGCCUUCGACAGAGAAAAAGGUUAAUUAAUAAAUUAACUAGUAAUUAGUUAAUUAGUAAUAAAACUAAUUAUUGUUGUGCAAACAGUGUACAAGUCAUAUAUUUAGAGCCUCAAAAAAUUUUAGGAAAGCCCUUACACAUGUAUUUUCUUUUUUGUUAGAUUUAUUGACAAUAAGCCCACAUGCACCUACACCUGAACCUGUAAGAUUUGACAAGAAGGAUGGACAGUGGUACACACAUGAUGGAGUGGAUAUCAAAGAGACACAGCAACGAAUAGGUAAAUAGUAUUAUGUAGCAUGCAGUAAGUCUUUUGCUUUAACAAGAUUUAACACUUUGAAAAAUUUUAGUGUAUGUUUUUUCAAGUGAAGUCUAAAAUUAAUGUUAGCACUGGGUUUUCCACUUUAAUUGAUAAAAUUGUCUCUUAGGCUCUCUUUUCCCAGCAGUGGAUUCUAUUUCUUCUCCUUGACAUUCACUCAUGAACCUGUGUCCAUCCAUCCUGAUUUUUGUAAUCUAAUUACCAGCACAUGUGAAUGUGAAUCUUACAUCUCAUCACUUAUUGAGAUGCUAUUUGUUUCAACUGCAGCAUCGCAAAGUAUGUGUACAGUUACCUCUCAUAGUGGAUAAAAAAGAAAACUGUUGGUUGGCUAGAGUCAUCAGGGGAAAAUUGUUCCAGUCUAUAAUAAUAGAUAAUUACUUGGUUAAAUUGCAAAAAGCUGUGGGUCACAAUAGUCCAUUUUACAGUUGCAUGCUUAGUUGCCAAGCCUUUGGACAAGAGUAAGGCUAAGGGUAUUAUGAUACAAGCAUUAAAUUGCUGUUUUUCAAAUGUAAAUUACUUUGUUAUCAUGUUAACUAGAUACUGGUCUCUAUCACAACAAGGUCACCUUCAGCUUCACUCUAAAUGAAAGGCUUGGUAACUAAAUAUACAACUAUAAUUUCAGAAAUAUGCUAACCAGGCUGAAUUACAUACACUAUCAAUAGUUUGUUUACACGUCUCUGAGCAUUACUAUACAUAAUCAGGUUGUGUUGGAAUUAAUGGAAAAUUACAUGUGCACAGAGAGAGUGCCUUAUGCAUGUUAAUCAAUGAUGGGAAUGCAAUCAUUGCUUGAUAUUUUGUUGUCCAGACUCGAUUGUGUCACUUGAUGAUCAGAAGAACAGUGAGUGUGUCAUGGCUGCAGGAUGCAAUAACAGAGAAUAUCUUGAGUUGGCAAAAAAGGGUGGAGGACAUCAAGGUAACUGAUUAGUUGUACAGCAUGCUUACAUAAUUGUGGGACAUCACAUUGUUUGAUAUCUUUUAAAAAUAAAGACAUGUUUGUUACAAAUGGGCUAAUGUUUUACAAAGGCAAGUAAAUUUUUGCAGUGUUGCAGAAAUCCUGGGAAUAUGAGACUAGGGCCAAUGUCUAGCCCAAAACUUACUGGUAAAUCAGUCAGGAAAAUUAGGUAGUUUCUUGAUUUUUUUGCAGCUGAAAUGAAAAAGUUAAGGAUAAUCUCGCAUCAUUGACAGUCACACUCUGUAGAGGUAUCUGCAGCGACAGUCAAGGUCUUAAAUGAGGGGUUUGAUGAAGGGCUAAUCCUUCCAAACUAGGUGACUAGGCAUAGACUGAGGCUGUUCGCAGCUAAACAUGGCCUUGUAGAAGAAAUGUUGGAUAACAAUUUCUUUUCUUUCAUUGUAAGAAAUGUUUUGAGUGUACAUUAUGCAUCUGUGCUUGCAGAUCUGUUGUUAGUUCAACCCCACACACCCACCCCUGAACCUGUCAGAUAUGAAAAGAAAGAUGGAGAGUGGUACGCACAUGAUGGAGUGGACAUAAAAGAGUCACAACAGAGAAAAGGUAAACCCACCCACAAAAAUUGUGAAGCUGUUUCAUACAGCUGGUGACUUUUCAACAACUCUAUGAGUCAAGUUGUUACCCAAGUUCUUUGCAAUCAAUGUUGGAUAGGGAGUUAAUGGUAGUUUGAUAUUCAGUUGAUUAUGAGAUCCUCUACAAUACACUGAAGCAACUUGCUCUUUCCAAGACCUGUAAUGAAGACCUUACAUUCAGUAAUUUUUCAUCAAUAAUUAAUUUGACAGAACAUAACACAUGAGGGAAUGUGUAUAGACAGUUUGACAAUAUUGAUACCAGUCUUGGUGUUUUGUUUACUGGAUAACCACAGGUUUAAACAUUCAGAUUGUAUAUUUUAUACUGUGUCCUUACAGGUAUGGAUGACUGACUGAUUUUAUUUUUGAGGGAAGAUUUUCCUCUCAUUCAAAAAAAGUGUAAAAUGUUGCGAUGACUGCAAUUUCUCUGAACAAGAGGCACCAGCUCAGUGCUUAUGUAGGAGUGCUGUACCCAUAUUAUUCCAAUCAAGGGAAAUUUGAAGAAUCUGGUUAUUUUAUAUAGAUUUGUCUGUGACCCUGGAAAGUAUUCCAGAAGAUUUAUCAGCUGCAGGAGAGCACAAUGGUGAUUAUCUUAAAACUGCCAGACAAGGGGGACGUAAAGGUAAUAUUUGAAACCAUAUUCAUGGUAUGGUGCAUGCAUAAUAACUCCAUAAAUGUUCUUGUGGAAAAUUAUGUCAAAAAUUUAUUAUGAUUGAAAGUGUUGAUAAAAGUUCUCUUGUUAUAAUAUUGUUAGACUUGUUAACAGUAGAGCCUCACACGCCCACCCCUGAACCAGUCCGAUAUGACAAAAAGGAUGGACAGUGGUACACACAUAAUGGAGUGGAUGUUAAGGACACUCAACAGAGAAAAGGUUUUAACUCUUUCUCUUACUUGAACUUGAACAUUUUUGUAUUAUCCAAAGCAAUAUCAGGCGGCCUGAAAUGAAAAUCAAGCAACUAGUUGACUAUUGUGUGUAAUCUCUGCGGCAACAAGCUUUUAUGAAAAGUUUUGACAAGAUUACGUGAGCAUGCUUUGCAAAUUCAAUAGUUUUUGUUAAAUAGUUGAUGUAGGAACAUAGAAGUCUUUCAUUUCCUUUUCUCUUUCCUCUACAAAUAAUUAACUAGCUCAGGCACUUGUGGAAAAUACCUCAAGAAAGUGAGACAUAAAAUAGUUGCCCCAAGGGCAAGGUAGAAUUUAAAUAUUUUCCAUGCCUUGAUCACAAAACAUCAUUAAUUAAAAACAUUGGAUUUCGAGGAAAUUAGUGAAUGUCACAUGAUGGACACUUACAUUGUUGGUGUAACUUCUCAUUAGAAAUGGUAACAGUUGCAAGCAGUCCGCGUCCAGCAAACCUUGAUAGUUCAUUGGAAGUCGACACGGAAACAGAUUACUUAAAGAUUGCAAAGAAAGGCGGAGGACAUAAAGGUUGUUCUAUAAACUUGAUAAAUAAUAAUACUAUUCAUUUGAGUACUUAAUAGUAGUUCUCGUGACGUCUAAGUUAACGAGCAGGGUUUCCAUUAUCAAGCCUGGUCAGACAUCUCUUCUAGUGUGCCAGCAAUGGUUUGCUAGUGCAUCUAGCAAAUAUGCCGGAGCAGUUUAAAAAAAUAUGAAAAUAUAUUUAUUUGCCAAGGGUAACCAAUCUGAAUUUGUGGUUUCUUUCAAUUUAUUAAAAAAAAAUUGAACUAGAGAUUGAGGCUAGUGAUAGUCUAAAACCUACAAGCGUAAAGUGAAUUGUUACCAUAAGGCUAGUUAGUCAUUGUGAAGAUCCAGGAACAUAAAGAAGGUGCACUCUAUGUUUAUAGUAACGGGAAACUGUUCUAUGGUAGAUCUGUUAACAGUAGAACCUCACACGCCCACUCCUGAACCAGUCAGAUAUGAUAAAACAGAUGGACAGUGGUACAAUCACGAUGGAGUUGACGUUAAGGACACGCAGCAAAGAAAGGGUGAGUUUAAUUAGGUGUUGGGAAGAAUUUACUGCAUCGUUUGAACCUCUGGAAGAAUCUUGGAAAGGCUGAAAGCAUUGUUGACAAAUGUCAUUGAAUUGACUCUCCUUAUGUCUGUGUUUCUGCUUCCUCAUAUUUACGGUUUCAAUCCUUGGUUACACUCAAAUUCAGUUUUACCACUGAAAGUGAGAAGUGAGUUUUAGCAACUGAAAUGUUAAGUCUGGUCGCUAGCACGAUAACACGAAUACAUGUAUUUUUGUUCAAUCAACAAUUGCUAGUGGGAACAUGUUUGUAAGAAUUUUUAUCUUACACCAAAAUGCAAAAUUCCUUUUCCAGUCUGUCCAUCUGGUGACUGAGAAGGUUUGGUAGCAAUUUGUCAUUUGCAUCAAUAAGGUUUCGUCAGUCUUUGCGUUUUGAAAAGCAAUUACUGUUGAAGCUCCUAUGGGCAGAAACCCUCGAAGGUGUUUGUUAAGGGAGCUUGCAACUUUCGAGAAUAGGUCGCGUGAGCAGCCACCUGCGCUAGAACUUUGUGAUAAUUGUUGAACUGUUUUCCUCUUACUCCCUUGUCAAUCUUCGUGGUGAAAAAUCGAACGUCGUGAUGAUUAAAUCAGAAUGGAAAGUUGUGACAUAAUUCCCUACGGUAAAAUGUGAUGAUUUUUAUAAAAAGAAUAUUUGGCUCUCUGGCGUUACAAUGUGUAUGUGAGAUUGGUGUUUCGUUAGUAAAGCUUGUCACCGUAACCCAAGAUAAUUAUGUUAGCUAGUCUACCAGCUUUAGUAAAGUGUUUGUGAUCGGUGUAUUGGAUCGGAAAAAAUUAUGGAAGAGGGAGAUAAAAUGUAGCAUUCGCUCUCUAGGAAACAUUUUUAAUGCAACAAGUAUAACUCUAGAUGUGUUUUUAUUUUUCAUUGGUGAUCUCUAUGUUUGUAUUCUAAGCAAUGAUCUCUGCAUCUCGAAGAGGCAAAUCGAAGGAAGCAAAACUCACACCAUAUGUUUUGAGCUUCUGUUGUUGUUAGCAACAGAUCAACAUCCUCAGUCAGGUUUAGCAAUUUACUUGAUUGAUACUGAAGACCUAGAGUGCAAAGAGGAGCAGCUUCCAUUUUGGGUGCGCUUUGAGUGUACAUAUUGAGUGUUGUAAUUUGGUUUUGUUCUUCAAUGUCGAGUUUUUAAAAAACAAUUCAUAGCUAGUAUAUGUUGAUCAUUGGCAAUUGAUUUUGUCGAGAUUAUAAGAAAGUGCUUGUGCACUUCAUGAUGUUUUGAUAGGAUGUCAAAUUGCGCACGCCCAUGGGUUGUUUAGUCACCCGAAAGCGUUUAAAACAUCACCGAUGUUCAUAAUUUACGAAAUGCACUCAGGUUCAAUUGAUUUCCUUCACUUAAAGUUAGACGCGAUAUUUAUUUUUUAGAAAUGGUCACAGUGUCUUCAAGUCCACGCCCAUCGAGUGCGCCAAGUUCUGAAAAAAUUCCGAUAGAAACUGAUUAUCUCAAGAUUGCUAAGAAAGGUGGAGGGCAUAAAGGUUAGUGGCAGCCUAAAGCAACUAGUCUAAACCAAUAGGCUGGAUUCUUGAAAUUGGUAGUUACUUAGUGUUACUAUUUAAUUAGCCUUUUUUAGUUGCAUAGAGAUGAAAUAGUCCUUACACAGUGAUCUAUGUUUUAUACAAAUAUUUUUGCCAGUUCUGAUGCUAAGAGUGAUAUGGACACAGGAUGCAUAGAUUCCGUUAGAUACAAUUGUAUUAGUACCAAUAAAGGAUGAUGUUGGACUGCUUUAAGACAGAAAGCAAGACACUUUCGUGAACAAAAAAUGGCUUUAUUGUGCAUAGCAAACUGAAGAAUUCGAAUAAUCCUAUAUAAGAGAUGUUUUGUUAAAAAAAUGGCUCAUUGCUCAAAAAGAAAAAAAAGUAGAGAAACGUCCGCUUCAAAGUAGGUAUAUUUUAAUCACAAGUCUGCGAGCAAAUUAGUAGAAUUGUUUAGUGAUUCUCAGUUAUGUCCUAACACAUUGCCAUGUGUUUUAGAUCUUUUAACACUAGAACCCCACACACCCACCCCUGAACCAGUCAAAUAUGACAAGAAGGAUGGACAGUGGUACACUCAUGAUGGAGUGGAUGUCAAAGAAACACAGAAAAGAAAAGGUGAAUACUCUGUCUUACACUGUAAAUUGUCCUUUGGUCUCAAACUGUGUUGAAUGAAUGAACCUGCUUCCUUUUUUUAGAAAUGGUAACGGUUUCUAAAAGUCCGCAUCGAUCAGACUUGGCCGGCUCAAUGAACGCCCAGAAAGAAACGGAUUACUUGAAGAUGGCCAAAAAGGGUGGAGGACAUAAAGGUGAGAGAUCGCAAUGUGACAGUUAUCGCUAAGCAUUCUUUCAAAUUGCGUCGAUUUAAUUUCGAACAAGUUAUUCCCUACAAUUUUCUUUGUGUACAUUUUUCUAAUGAUCUAAUACGAUUAAUGCUUGCUUAAUGUUGUUGUUCAUGUACAUCAAAAUUUGUUUUUGGGCACCAUGUGAAAGCAGAAUCCUGCUGUCGCGGACUCUUUGUUGUUGUUUAGGAUAUCUUCAAUGAUAAUAAGAGUUAACUACAUGUGCUGACAGCUCCGCUGGUCUCAUUCCUCAAUCUGUCCAACGACACUCAAUUAUGUGAAGAGGAUACUUGAAAUUUUAAAAUGUAAUAAGAUUGUUACACCUGUCCAGCAGUGAACUGUGUAAAGAUUGACUCAUUUGAAUUUUGUUUUAGAUCUUCUAACUGUUGAGCCACACACUCCAUCCCCAGAACCACAGAGAUACCAAAAGAAUGGAGGAGACUGGUACAGUCAAAAUAAUAAGGACACAACAAGUAUGUUGCAGUCUUACUGUCAUGUUGUGUGGAUUACAGAAACCGUAGCAACAACUUACCAUGCAGUUAGGGAUUUCUCAAAACGGUCUUUUUUUCGUAUAUUUGACAAUAUCUCGCGGAAGAUAUUUCUCUUUUUUCUUUUUUCAACAAUUGUUGAGUUUAGUUAUCAGUAUUUAUAUAUUCACACUUUUUUGUUGUUCAUAAUCCAGAAUUUUGUAAGUCCUACUCGAUAUUGCUGUGCAUUUAAGAAGUGCUUUUGCACUUGAAAAAAGUUAUUUUGUACUAAUGCUCACUAUGAACUGUUUGAGUUCACGAUCCAGAUUAUUUAUUUAGCUAUAUGUCAAUCUGCUUGUGUAAGUAGGAGCAACAGUUUCCCCAUCCAGUCCAUCUAAAGGCAACAAUAGCAGUGCAACGGACUAUUUAAUGUUGGCCAGGAAGAGUGGCGGACAUUCUGGUAUGUUGUUGAUUCAGUCGUUUUGAAACGGAGUUUGAAAAGCUUUGUCUGUUUGUGCCUUUUCUAUUCUGCAAAUAACUCUGCAUUUAAUCAAUCUUGCUAAUUUUUGUAUCGAUUUAUGGCUACUGUUUGGUAUUGGGGGGGGAUUCCUUAUCGGCUCCUUUCGUACAUUUUACAACGACUCAGCUAUGAACGGGAUUUUACAAUAGUUUAGAAACUCAACAAUGUCGCGAAAUAGCGCCCAGCUCUUCUUUCUGUGAAUGGUUUUAAACAACACUUAUGGAAAUGCCAUUUUUUGUUCCGUAGCAGCAACUCGAAGUCCUCGUAAAAACACAGAAAAUUCAAAAGUAUACAACACUAACACAGAAUACCUUAAAAUGGCUAGAAAAGGUGGAGGCCAUAAAGGUAGUAGCGCUAACAUAAUAUGUAAUAUGAUAUAAGUCUUAUUGUCCAUAAUGUUCGCUUUGUAAAAUGUAUUCUAUAAACAAGGCUAAAAGGUUAAAAAAUUAAAAUGUUUAAACCAAACGUUUUCGGCUGUUUGCCAUCAUCAGGGUUAAAAGAUGACCGUCCACACGUACAUAUAUAUCUUAUGUAAUUCCCGACGGGAAAAGUUUGGAGACAUAAGAAAUAACUUUUAUUCUAGGCUUAUUAAUUACUAAUUUAACCCAUAAUGUAAAGAGUGACGUAAGAGGUGUGAAAGGAAGCACCAACAAAACAAAAAAAAGGUAAUUCAUUGAACGAGAGUGAAUGUUAAUCCCAUUACGGAAAAUGGUAGUGUAAUGCUUGCAUAAUUAAGUAAUGUUAAAUAAAUUUUGAAAUAACGUUUUGGCAUCAUAAAUAUAAUUUGCGAAAAGAGAUCAAUUCGAAAACAUGUUGUGUUCAAAGCACUUUGUUAUACUAACCAUAGGCUUUAUUAUGAUCAGAAUUAAGAGCCAGCCACCGAUUGAACUAAGUAUAACUCUUUAUUCAUGUUAGUUGGUUGAAAAAACUCGAGGAAAACAGUUACGGGAGGUCUGCGCUUUUGAAGCCUUUUGAGUGACUCAGAAGUCUUUUUUAUUGGGCUCGCGACAAAUUUUUAACAUCUUUCUUUCGCUUUUCCGUACUUCUUACGCCUGUUGUGCCCAAACUGACAGUAAUUCGCUCUGGUUAGGUUAGGAAUCGAUAAACAAAAAUCAAUUGAACCCACGUAAAGGUAAAGUGUAAAUAGCAAAUUUUCAGUGAAACGAGGUGACCGUGAUGAUGCAGCAUAGAAUCUUGGUUAUGUACAUCCAAAUUCUCGGGUUUAUGAAAGCUAACCAACUUGAAGACAGGUUAGUAAAGAGUAAAUGAUGUGGCAUUCGAUGCAGCAUUCCUUUAAGAACAAGCGCACUUUAUGUAAGAAUAGAGAAUUGCCUCAUAUCCAUACUAUUGUACUCAGGGGAAUUUUUCCACGCAGAUCUGUUGACCAUGGAGGCCCACACACCAUCUCCUAAGCCACAGAGAUACCAAAAGAAAGGGGGGGACUGGUACAAUCAAGAUUAUGUUGAUGGAAGUAAAACGCGAGGGAAAAAAGGUACUACUUUAUUGAUUGUCUGUAUAUCAUAUAUCCUUUCCUUUGGCAGGAGAAAAAACAGUCUAAAGAGGUACUCUCUCCAAUAUAUAUAUAUAUAUAUAUAUAUAUAUAUAUAUAUAUGUAUAUAUAUAUAUAUAUAUAUAUAUACAUAUCCGUUGGACAAUGUUCUUAGAGUCGGUUUGUUAACGAUGAUAUCAUUGGGAUUUUUAGAACCAAAGGAAAACAUGUGAAUCUACAAACAUUUUUGGGCUACAUAAUAUUUUCUUGGUUUGUUUUUAUUUUCAGGAACUCGGAAUCAAAAUGGUGACCCCCCGAAAGAAAUCAGCACUGAAACUGAGUAUCUUAAGAGAGCACGGAAAGGAGGGGGCCACAAAGGUAAAUAUUCACCUCGUAGUAGCUGGCAACCAAGUGAACAGUAUAUUUUUCGUUAAUGUUAUGAGAUGAAGUCUCCAUCCCCCCAAAUUUUCCCUUGUAGGAACCGUAGAUCUGAGUCACUUAAAAAGGCUUCAAAAAAGUUAUUUUUAUUCGUGGGUCAAACACAGGCUGUGUACAUAGCCAGGAGCGGUACGACUAAACAUUUUGUAGGGAUAAGGGAAAGUGACUGUAUUGUGUGUAAAAUAUUUUUAACCUUCUCUGCUGAUGUUGGCUUAAAUUACAAGGCUUCAACCUGCUUGACAGUCUUUUGUAAUUGUUAAUUCUUGGCCUAGAUUUGCCGUGACCCAGAGGUAAUAAUAACGGUACAAAAAGGGAAGCUAGGGAAGUUAAGAAGAGAUAAUAACUGUGUUUUUUGUAGACCUUUUAGCAACUGAAGGUCAUAAACCCAGUCCCACCCCCAGGAAUUCAGAAAGUAAGCUCGGAGACUGGUACUACCACGAUGGAAUUAAUGGCAAAGAGUCACUUCAGAGGAAAGGUGUGUUCUUCAACUGAGAGUUAUCCAUAUGUAGCUGGUUCUCUAUCUAUCUCAAUGUAACAAGUGGUGAUUAUUAAUGAUUAGUGAUUAAUUCCUUUCGUAGUCAAUGUCAACUACAUGUACCUGUUUCUCUUUUGUUGUUUUUAUUUUUCUCAUUAAUGACAAUAACAAUUCGCUUCUACAGAAUCUCCCGCUAAUAGUCCAAGAAAAUCAAACGUGGACAGUUCACCGGCUUCCAGUGAAUACUUGAAAAUGGCGAAGAAAGGAGGAGGACAUAAAGGUAUACAAACAGGAGUGUCUUAAGAUAAAAGCUGUAAUGAAAGUUUCUCAUUUGACAAAAAGGUUUGCCUCCACGGCAAAAGGUUUAGAAAACUACCAGGACAAUGGUAAGCUGACUUGUAAUCCUGAGUGCUUUAUUCCUGCUAUAAGUGAAGGUAACGUCUCUGUUUCGGUCGGGAUUAUUCAAGUACUAGUGAAAGUUAGGAGGGACUCAAAACAAUUCUGAAACCAGUAAAAUGUUCUUGUUCACACACAAUUUGGAACAGGCAACUUUUAGAUACCUAGAAUUUGCUGUUUCUCUAAGGAUUUUAAAAAAAACAAUCUUCGUCAUUUGCGGAUUGAGCAACCUUCACAAUCUCUGUGGAGUAGCGUAAAGAAAAUUUUAAACUGUAUAUCUAUCAUUUCUCUGACUUGUUUCUUAAUAACAAAAAAUAAUGCGUAGGUCUCAAUCGGUCAAUUAAUAUGGGUACAUCACAGGUCUUUUUAUUUUGGGGAACUUGGACUACUAACAGAAUAUCUCUAUAAGGCAAAGAGUAUUUAUGCGCGUUCAAACGAGAACCAGUGACAUAUUGUCGAGAAAAUUGUACUGGCUGCUAAUUUACUGGCGUUCGGCGUACAACCACGUUAGCUUCACCUUUGGAGGGUGCUUCUUUCAGAGGACUUCAUUGUAUUUCAGUGAAACAUCACAUUCUUGGCCAUGCUCAUUUCAUAAUGUAAAGGGAGUUGUUGCCUUUGCGAUAGCGAUAGACUUCGUGCUAGUCCUCGUCUGUUGUUGAAUGAUUAACAUUUUCUUAAAUGUAUCGGUUACAGACUUACUUAUGAUGACACCUCACCAAGCCAGCCCGAAGCCAAAUCAAGUAAAGAAGCAAAAUACAGGUGGAUAACAUCCUUCCCUUUCGUCAUAAAGUUUAACUGUGCGGGAAACGUUCUUUGAAAUUAGUAGACAUGAUAACCCACUAUUGAAAAUGAAUGAAAGUACCACUCAACGUGAAGGGUUUCGUUCGCCAUAAUCCUCUUUCGGAACAGUAAUGCAGUCCGUCAGAAAUCUUGUCUUUUCUAUUUCUGGCAGUCCCUUUUUGCAUCUCAGACUUAUGAUCCUUAGAUUUUAUUGAGAAAAACGGUCAGUCAUUGAGUAAUCAUUGUGAUUCUUCUUAGAUACAACCCCGGUAAACAGCCCCAGGACUGUAAGUAGCUCGAGUAGGGACUCCACGGAAUACCUCAGACUUGCCAGAAAAGGUGGAGGCCAUCCAGGUAAGAGAAAUUCAGAUAACAGUGAUAUACGGUUUGAACCUUCAUUAGCUUUGAUUAAUUGCCUAACUGGGUGAAUUUAAAUGGCAGAUCUUCUCAACAACUCCCCACGACAGUCUGACUCUUCAGUUGUAAACCGUUCUGAUGCAAUGGAUAGUUCACGCAAAAUUGGUUAGUUUUACCUCGAGAACUGUAUGACUUAGUGAUGUACUUUUCUCGUUAUAGUGUUUCGUAGUUUAGAGCUACCUUAAACAGUCUAACUCUACAUUUUAUGUACAUAUUUUUAACUUCACUCAAAGAUUUAUCUUAAUAUAGCAACUGAAAUUCAGUUAUAAGAAAUGGGGUCGCCAGGCUCGUUUUGAGCUAUAGGCACAUAAGGCAAAAAAGGUGUCUAUCAGAGGAUGUAGUGUUGCUAUGGUGUCCUUUAUUGUUACAAUUUGUUAAGAAAUAAUUGGGUAUUUUUUUUAACUAAUUUCGAGGAACAGCUUGGAAACUACGAUCCAUCAGAGAAUCGUGUUUAGCUCUUUAACUCCCGCGAGUGACCAAGACAGAAUUUCCCCCUACUAUAUCUAUACAGUAUCAUGCAGACAAGUGAUGAAAAUAAAGAAAAGUAUCAAUUAUGGGAUAACUAAUUGAUCCGAUACCAAAUUCUCCAAACUAACAUAAUGAGAAUCAUUUGGCAGACAGUUAGGAGAAAAACUAAUGCCGCGAUCUUGGGAGUUAAAUGGCUAAUGAUAAGGACACCAUUUUGAGGCACCUUACUAAUUCAAGCCACCUUUAACAUGCAACAGCCUUGAGGUGAAAAGUGAAAGAUCCAAAAGUAAGACAUCAAACAGAUUUUGAGAGAAAACUUUACACUGAAGAUUUGCGUCGUGACACACUUUGUACGCGAUUUGAGUGGCUGAGAUAAACGGGUGUUAUUCAACUGCCCAUUUCUUAUUUUAUCAUAUUAACUGCUAUGCAAAAUUGGAUAUUGUUUCAACCCUUGACAACAUAAAUCAUCUUACAAGUGUAUUGUCAGCCUAGUCUCCUUCACAACCAUUUUUUUGGCCUUGUCGCCCUCUAUCUCUAAUCACCUUCCCCUAACCACGUUGCUUGAAGAGAUUAAACAACAGCUUUAGAGUAAUCUAUUGUUUGACACUCCUUGAACCACCUCGUGCACCCUUACUAACGUGACAUUUGUGUUUUUGGUAGAACCCAAUACGUCUUUAAGGCGAAGUGCAAGUAUGCGGCACAGAGGUCCAGUAUCUGACUAUCUUGGUAUAGCUCGUAAAGGUGGUCACCACAAAGGUUUGUCAGCCUUUAUAUUGCCUAAGGAGUACUUUGAACUCCUUGCUUGUAAUUCUCUAAUUUGAUUUAUUAAAACAGUUUGGAGUGGGUUCAUAUUGUUCAUUCUAUUCAGCAACCGUCUGUUGCAUAAUUCCACCUUUCACAUCAGGUUACUCAAGCUCCUAUUAUUUACUUUUUUAUUUUCCUUAUGAACAGAUCUGUUAACAAUGCCCGAGACGAGUAACUUCAGAAGAGGUUUGUAAAUUGUAUUUGCUUUGUUUGAAUUGUGGCACAAUUUCCAGUUAUGGCGUGUAGGAAACAUGUCAUGCAGUAAUAGAGCAGGCGGUAAUCUGCUCACGUAUUUAUUAUUUCGUUCACAGAUCAAGAAUCACGCAGAAGUCUACGAAGGUAGGAAACAAUCUUUGAAUGAGUAUAACAUUGGCUCUACGUGUUUAUAUCAAUUCCCUAUUUUGUGGUGUUGUGACUUACAAGAGAGAUGGUGAAAUGUCUGAGAAACUUAGCAGCUGUAUUUGUAAGGAUAAAUUAUGAUCAUUAGCACUGAUGCAUAAUUUUGAACUUGUUGUGAAAACAGUGUCUAAAAAUAGUACGUAAAAAUACAGUGGGUAAAAAAAUCAUGAGCUCCUUCUCUGAAACUGCUUAGGUUAGGUUAGUUCAGGAAAGUCUGCUUAACUGUGCCUUUUACACCUUACAUAGCUUCAGAAGCCCUAUUACCUCUCAAGUUGAUGGGCCGCCAAGACCCAGGACAGCUGAGCCUCGUCAGCCAGUGUGGAUGGGGGGCUCUGGACCUGAGAGAGUCAGCACUCCAGUGAAAAGGACUCUGAUUGCGCCAUUUGCUUCCCAUGAGGGCUCUCCAGGGUAACUGUCUUUGAUAACUGAAAUUUCAUGAUUAAUUAUUUAACCCUGACGGGUGAAGGAUAUUGUCUCGCUUUCCGCCUUGAAGUGCUUUAUGUCAGUAUAGUCAGGGUGAAAAAACUUUCAAUCUUGAAACACAAUCCUCCAAACGACGAUAUGCAGUCGAAAAUUCUUAUUUGACGAUUUCUGUGCAAUUUGAUCUGAUUUUUGACAAGAAAGGUAUGUUGUCUAACAAGACCAAGAAAUGUAAAAUUGAAGCCCUAUCGUCAGGGUGUCCUUUGAAGGAGACUGGAUACAGUUUUUUUUUAAUCUCUAACUAGCUAUGUUUUCGGUUAUUCACAGUUUAUUUUUGAAAAUAUAAAACAAUGUUUUCUUUUCUAAUGUGACUUUUUAUUUCUCGCUUAUGUGGAAUCUCUUUUUUUCCUUCCGUAGGGCGGCACGGAACCCAGAUAAAAUUUAACACGACAAACUACAUCUCAUCAUCAUCAACAGAUUUAACCGGCGAUCCGAGAAACGACUUAUUUAAAUAAUUUUCAUGAAGUAAUUUUGUCAAACGCUUGGUGAAUAAUUUAUAUAGUAGUUGUUUAGACGUAGAAAGGAAAGUUUAAUGAAACCAUAGAGGUAACAGAUAAUGUCAAAUGAAACAUUGCUGUCUUAGAUUCUAAAUCGUUGUAGUUUAAAUUAGGUUGUUUUAGCAAAUAAGUAACAAUUUCAAUUUUUGAAUUAAUGUUUAUGCAAUUAGAUAAGGAACACCAGUGAACGCAAAUUUUGCAAUGCAUUAGAAUUUAUAUCUGAAUAAGUAUUGAAUGAAGUAGUUAGGAAUAGUUCAGGUUAGUCUACGGGAAUUUUUUUGAGUCAUUUUACGUUAAUAGAAAAGGUAAAAGGGAUUUAAUUUUCAGCUACAUCAGUUUUUUCUCCUUUUCAUUGUGAUCACUUUGUUCGUUAAAGUUAAUAAAGGGAAAGCCAUUUAUUGAUAAUUUUUUGUGAAGUACGCUGGAAAUAACACCAAUCUCAAAGGUCGCGAAACUAUUAGUUAUAGUUGAAGCGCAAUUUUUAUUUCUUUGUAAAUGUGGGAAAACACUCAAUAGAUUAAUUUUUCUGUAUCAAGCCAUUUCUUUGGGCUGACGCAACAAGUUACCGUGUGCGCUGCCAAAAGAGUAGCUUGUUUGUAACUGAUAUGCUCAAGUCACAGAAUACUAUUUCUUAUAAAUAUAUGUGAUAUUUAAUAUAAUUUACGAUACUUCAAGUCUCCGUUGAGAGUUGUCUUUCCUUUUUCAAACAAUCGGCAUUAUAAGUUUAAGCAUGAAAAUUGCACUUUGAGUAAAUGUAGAGGCUGUCAAUUACUUCAUUUUACUUCAUUUUGCUUCACGAUUCAACGAAAUUACCAGUUGUGACAUAGCUAUAAACGUUGUAAGCCAAGGGGAUGAUAGAUUUUAUCUCUCUCCAUGGGACCAGUAGACGUAGCGGGGGAAGGAGUUCAAGAUCUCAAUGGGGUGUUGGGGGGGGGGGCGCCUUUGAAUGAAUUAAUGCACUGUAAGGUAAUAAGUGCGAGUCUUUCUUGAAAACCCUUUACAGCGUCAGUGGCAGUUUCAAGGUGUAUGGGAAUCUUACAUAGAGUUAGCAUGUAGAAGUUUUUGGUAUUUAUGGAGUACCAUUUUAUCCUUGAAUUGAUCCUUUGCUCCAAGUGAAGGGUGUUUCAGUGCGAGACCUUAUCUUUAUAGAACUGUCGGCGAUAUGUAUAGAUUUUGUAGGAUAGAAGCCGCUGGCCUUGUUGCAGAGUUUAGGAUCGAAGUGAAAAUAACUUAUGAUUUCAUUUCUGAACGUUUUCAAGCGUUUUUCAUUAACACCAUAUGUGCAUGCCUUAUUUCUAUUUUACGUCGCUUGUAUUUAUUAUGUUCAGCUUUUAAGAUAACCCCCGGGACUGAAGAGGUCAAGAUCAUUUUGAAUUAAUCCUUUAGCCUCUUAGUUGCUGUCUUAAUCGUGAUACGGUUAAAAAUGUCCCAAAAAAGAUAAUGAUAAAUAUACAAAAUUUCAGAAUUUUGAAGUCCAGUUGUGACCACUUUGGCCAUUUGUU